UAAUGGCUUGCUUUGCAUGUUUUACAAUGCUCUUCAUCCUAAGCAUUGACUAUGAUGUUGCAUGUUGCUUUUGCAGACACUAACACAUUCCUAUCUACCACCAUUUAAUUUUCCUCCUUCACCUGUCUUUCACUGACUAAUCCAUGCCAACCAAAGAUCCUGGCCAUCCCCCUUCCCAAAAUCAACUUCUACCCUCUUCCCAGUACUUAGGUGACUUAGUCCUUGACCUUGAAGGGGUGAGUGGUGACCCAGUCUUGACCAUGGAUGUGAAAAAAGUUAAAGGGAUUGAGACAGAAAUUGUGUCUUCAAAUGGGGAAUCAGGAAGCACUCGAUUUGCUGUCCUCAUCCUGGCUGUGAUCUUUCUUUCCUCCCUCACUUCCCUUUUCUACGUCUACACCAUGUUUCCUAAGCUUGAAGAGGAUGAAAGACAAUAUAUCAAACUACCAAAGGACAUCGAUGAUGCCAAGAACCUAGGGAAUGUUCUAUCUAGGUACAAGGACAUGUACUUCUCUGAGGUCCUCUCUGGAGUGUUUGGCAGCCUUCAGACAUUUGCAAUCCCUGGAUCAAUUUUUCUGUCCAUCCUCUCUGGGUUUUUGUUCCCAUUCUGGCUGGCUCUGGGCCUAGUUUGUUUCUGUUCAGCAACAGGAGCCAUGUUUUGCUACCUCCUUUCUUACCUUGUUGGGAGACGCCUCGUCCACAAGUAUUUCCCAGAGAAGGCUCUUGAGUGGUCUAAAAUGGUGAACCGGCACAGGGAGCACUUACUGAACUACAUCAUUUUCCUUCGUAUCACACCAUUCCUGCCUAAUUGGUUCAUCAACAUCACAGCACCUGUUAUAGGUGUCCCUCUUGUCCCCUUUUAUUUAGGCACUUUCUUUGGUGUGGCACCUCCAUCCUUUGUUGCAAUUCAAGCAGGGACCACAUUGCAGAAGUUAACCUCAUCUAAGGAUGCAGUGUCGUGGGGUGCUGUGGCACUCUUGGCAGUGUUGGCCCUUCUGUCACUUCUCCCAGUCUUGUUCAAAAAGCGACUUAGAGACAAGUUUGAUUGACUACAAUUGCUUUUAGUCUCUCAGUUCCAAAUCCCUAUGUGAGUUAAAGAAUUGCUUGCGAUCAAAACUGAGGAAAGCUCAGAUCAAAGUGGCAGAUUCUUUUCUCACUCUGGUCAGAUUUCCUUUUCUUGGUGACAUAUAUUGUGAUCUAUGAUCAGUAUGUGAUUUUGAAAUUUUGGAAAUAUGAUUGAAUCAAGGACUGAUGAGGAUCCAACAUAGAUGCAUCAAGUCACUAGGGUUUUUAUUUCCUUAUAGCUUACUAUUUGUCCCUGUUAAUGUCUUUGGCUCCCUCAUUCUUUCUUCCCCACCAUUACUUUCUUGACAUAAUUGUUCCAACUACCUUACCAGUUAUGUGUUACAAAUUUAGCUUCAACCAGCACCAUUAGUAGUACUUCCUUUGAUGACAUGAGUUAUGACCCCAUUGUUCAUCGAUAGACAAAGAUGGCAGUGGUUUUCAGUAAUACCCUACUCUUGUUUGCUGAAGUUCCAUCCUUUUUUACACCACUCUUUGAACACUGCUGAUUACCUGCAUUCC